AUGAGUUACCCGCAGUCCUCCAGCCUUCCAUCCACUCCGGACAUGGAACCUCCAUGCCCAGGCCAAAGGGAUCCGUCGUCCAAUAUCGAUUUGAGAAGUGCAGCGGCGAGCUCCAGCGCUCCUCCUCAAUGUAUUGAUAAUGCUUAUCAAAAGCGAUUCUCAUUCCAAACCCAUGGAGUCACUCAAGACUCUUGCCAGUCCCGGCAGCUUGAUACACUCUUAAGAUUAUACUCGGAAUUGAAGAUGGAAGUCACAAAGCUAAAGGACGACAACCGCAAGCUCAACCGACGGGUCCGACUUUGCGAGAAGUACAAAUAUUUUCAAAGCAAUCGUAAUCGGCCGUGCUUGCACACGAGGAGACUGUCAUUGGCUAUCAAAAAGAGGAGGAGGAGACGUCCAAAGACGGAUGGAUCACCUCACUUGUCUUCACAAGUUAUUCCUUGCACGCCUACCAUCGAGCAUGUUGUGCAUGAAAGCGGAAUUUACCAGACGGACUCUGAGGAUGAGGUCAACUAG